AUAAACAUAUCCCUUUUUACAAUUAACAAAUACUAAGCAUGGCUACUAGUCGAUCACUUGAAAAUACUGUAAUUUAUAAAUUAUUUCCUAGGAUUCAUGAAGAUGUUAAUAGCAAUUUAAACACGGUCGAUAAAUUAGAAAUAGCUGCUGAAAAUUAUGUUAAUAAAAUUCGUGGUUUUUUAGAACGCUACAUUUGGCAAAAUGAUCCAUUCAAUUUACAUGUCUCUGAAAUAGCUACAGUACCUCACCUUGAAGGAUUGACCUGUUAUGAAGAUAACGUGGAAGAUGAAUGGUUCAUAGUCUAUCUUCUCUUUUACUUAACUGAAAAGGAUAAAAAUUUAAUUGUGCAAAUCGAAGAUGAGGAUGGAGACUUUUUGCUUAUUGAAGCUGCUGAAUGUUUACCAAAAUGGUUGAAUCCAGAUACAAGUGAGAACAGGGUAUUUAUUUAUCAAGGCUCCUUGCACAUAAUUCCCUUUGAAGUCUUACCAAGUGGUACGCCUUCUCUCUUGGAUGCUUUGACAGCUAUUCAGAAUUUCUCCUCCACUACAAAAGCCGCAAACAGUGUUCGAAAAGUUAUUCAAAACAGGAUAUCUGGAUAUCCUCAUAAAAUUGAUGAAUUCAAACAUAGAAGUCAUUGCUAUGUGCCAUGUUCAAUUGCGGCUAUUUUGAAAGAAGACCCUCAACUGGUUGCUCCUGCCGUCAAAGCAUUUUACCUCAGAGACCCCAUUGAUCUUAAGGCUUGUAUGGCCAUGAAAUAUUUUGCUCCAGAGACUUGUGUAAUGACUGAGGUUGUAUUCACAAGGUGCCUGUAUGCUCAAUUAUCCAGUCAGGAAUAUGAACCAGACAAAAGAACCGGUUGGAAUCUCCCUUCUCCCAGUAGUGCACAGUUGAAAGCUUGCAAACUCGGCAUGAAGUUGGCAUGUGGUUUUGAGAUUUUGGCUGCUGGUGUUGAUAAACUGAUAGCAACAGAUGAUGAACUUGAUUAUAAUUCGGAUGUUAGAUGGAAGCGUUUCUUAAAAAGCCUUCAAGAUAGAGGUUACUUUCGGGGAGAAAUUGAAGGCACCCCCGCAUAUCAGCGACUUCUAUUUCAAGCUCAAGAUUUUUAUGUGUCUUCUUUGAGAAGAAAAGACAACUGCAAUCAGCAUCCAGGAUUGCGCAUUCAAAAACUUCUGCAGUCUGUGAAUUUCAAAUACGAGGAAAUGGUAGAAAAAGAGAAGCAGUUGAAACCUCCAGAUGAUGAUAGUUGGAUGGAUAUUACUCCUGAAGUGUUGGAUUCUAUGUUAGAGAAAAUGGCAAAACAACAGCAACCGGCUGAAAUAGCUGAGAGCAUAACGGGUGGAUUGAAAACCUUUCUACAACAGGAAUCUGGAUUAGAUGGUGUUGCACCUAAAAACACCAAGAAGCAGAAAAUAAAUUUUGAUGCCGACGCUUUUACAGAAUCUGUCAACAAAAUACUUGAUUUUAGAAUACCUGAAAUGGCAGGGGAUAGCUCGAGUUCAUCAAUGGAUGGCUACUCUGACGAUGAUGAUGGUGAUGUUUCUCUUAGCAACAACUGUACUGAAAAGCUUGGUUCUGAAGUUCUCAGUGAACAGAUGCAGUCUUACAUGGAGGAGAUGGAUCGAGAACUCGCCAAAACGAAUAUUGGCUUAAGUUUUGAAAAACUACCACAGCCGACAACAAAGAAGGCUCCUUUAGCCAAUUCAGAUAUUGAUUCGGAAGACGAUGACUUCCAACCGGUGGACGUUGAUUUGAAUGCUUUGAAAAAUAUUUUGGAAUCUUAUUCGAGUGAACAAGGAGUACCAGGGCCCAUCAGCACUCUCUACACUUCAAUGGGAAUGCAACUCCCACACAAUGAUGCAUCCUGAAUUAUUUUAUUUGCUCAUCAAUCGCUUAAGUGAACAAAUCUUUCUUGCCAAGUUAAGAUAUUGUAAAUAUAUAUUUGUGUUUAUGUUGUCUUCAGAUGUUUUUACAUUUUUGUUUUACUCUGUAUUCUAAGUGAGAGCAAAAGGCACUCUAUUUAUUUUACUUUAAAAUUUUUACAUUCAAAAAUAAAACUUUCUGUUCUGAA